UAGGCCCUCGCUUGCUCACGCCCUGCUGCUGCUGCUGCUUCUCUCCUGUCUACUUGUCUUUCCCGCUUUCUGGAUUUGCUCUUUUAAUCUCGCUGUAUCUUCUUCUUUGGGAUGAGGGGCUGUAAAGCUGGACGGGGCUGUGCUUGGAUGCUUCGCUGAGACCUCUCCGUAUCUUUUUCUCUCUGUUUCUGUCAGCUGCGAGAACUCACACGUUUAGGUGUGUCCUGGCCUCAAGCCCCCUCUGUGGAUGUCUGUCACCAUGGCGAAGUUUGAGACCGGCCGCACAAGUCCAGUGGUCCGCCAGAUAGACAAGCAGUUCCUGGUGUGUAGUAUCUGUCUGGACCACUACCACAACCCCAAAGUCCUGCCCUGCCUGCACACCUUCUGCGAAAGGUGCCUACAGAACUACAUUCCUCCUCAGUCCUUGACGCUGUCCUGCCCGGUGUGCAGACAGACCUCCAUCUUGCCCGAGAAAGGUGUGGCUGCACUACAGAACAACUUCUUCAUCACAAACCUCAUGGAGGUGCUGCAGAGAGACCCAGAAUGUUCUCGGCCGGAGGCCUGCAGCGUGCUGGAGUCUGUCAGCGCAGCAGCCGCUGGGAAACCGCUCUCCUGCCCCAAUCACGAGGGCAAGGUAAGCCUCUUACCAUCUGAUGAUGAAACCAAGUUUGGCAACAUUUGGUGGGAAUAUGAAGGAAAAGCCAUCAAAACAGUUGUUGGUAAAAUUGCAGCCAGAAUGCUGCCCCAACUAACAGCUGCCAUUGAGCUGGUGAAUGAAAUCUCUCAACAGCUGAUAGAGAGGAAGAACGAAGCCGUCAAUGAGAUCAACAUGACAUUUGAGGAGCUUGAGAGGGCGUUGCACCAACGCAAAGCCGCGCUCAUCACCGAUCUGGAGAACAUUUGUAGCACCAAGCAGAAGGUGCUUCAGGCGCAGCUAUCAUCCCUACUGCAGGGAAAAGAGCACAUCCAGAGCAGCUGCAGCUUCACUGAGCAGGCCCUGAACCACGGCAGCGCCACCGAAGUCCUGCUGGUCCAAAAGCAGAUGAGCGAGCGUGUGAGUGCCCUCGCUUGUCACGACUUCCCUGAACAGCCGCACGAGAACGCCCACUUGGACUGCCAGAUAGAGACAGAAGGCCUGCGACGCUCCAUCCAGAACCUGGGCGUCCUGCUGACGACGGGAGCCGUGGGACACACCAGCGUGGCCACAGGAGAAGGCCUCAGACAUGCGCUGGUCGGUCAGCACGUGACCGUAACUGUUACCACUAAGGAUAAGGACAGCGAGCUCGUGCGGACCGGUAAUGCGGUCCUCCGAGCCGAAAUAACGGGGCAGGACAGAGUGCGGGCGGUGGAGGUGGAGGUCGUGGACAAUAAAAAUGGAACUUAUGAGGUAGGGUACACGCUUAAGAGCGAAGGGGAGUACUCGUUCUCUCUGAUGCUGUACGGACAGCCUGUGCGGGGCAGCCCGUUCAAACUGAGGGCGAUAAAGCCGUCAGACGUGCCCCAGUCUCCGGAUGAUGUGAAGAGGAGGGUAAAAUCUCCCAGCGGAACAGGAGGACACAUCAGGCAGAAAGCCGUACGGAGACCCUCCAGCAUGUACAGCACUACCAAAAAGAAGGAAAAUCCUAUUGAAGAUGAGCUCAUUUAUAGAGUAGGUUCUCGUGGACGGGAGAAGGGAGAGUUCACCAAUCUACAGGGCAUCUCUGCUUCCAUUAAUGGGAGGGUCAUUGUAGCAGACAGCAACAACCAGUGUAUACAGGUGUUUACCAAUGAUGGGCAGUUCAAAGCGCGCUUCGGGGUCAGGGGUCGUUCUCCAGGACAACUGCAGAGGCCGACAGGGGUGGCAGUCGACACAAUUGGAGACAUAAUUGUAGCUGAUUAUGAUAACAGAUGGAUCAGCAUCUUCUCCCCUGAUGGGAAGUUCAAGAAUAAGAUCGGUGCAGGCCGUCUGAUGGGACCCAAAGGAGUGUCUGUGGACAGGAACGGUCAUAUCAUUGCAGUGGAUAAUAAAGCCUGCUGUGUGUUCAUCUUUCAAUCUAAUGGCAAACUAGUGACCAAGUUUGGAGCCAGAGGCACUUCAGACAGACAAUUCGCAGACAAAAGUGGUGCAAAGUUUGCACUGGAGCAAAAGUUUAGUAAAUCUGGCCCUGGGUUCAGUCCGCAUUUUGUUGCGGUCAACAACAAGAAUGAAAUUGUCGUGACAGACUUUCAUAACCACUCCGUCAAGGUCUACAGUGCAGAUGGGGAGUUUUUGUUUAAAUUCGGGUCCCAUGGAGAGGGAAACGGCCAGUUUAAUGCCCCCACAGGGGUAGCUGUUGACGUUAACGGCAACAUCAUUGUAGCAGACUGGGGCAACAGCAGAAUACAAGUGUUUGACAACUCAGGCUCAUUCCUCUCCUACAUCAACACAAGUGCUGACCCUCUGUAUGGGCCGCAGGGCCUCGCUUUAACCUCCGACGGCCACGUUGUGGUGGCCGAUUCUGGUAACCACUGCUUCAAAGUCUACCGAUACCUGCAGUAACAGCUCAUCACAGUCUGCAGUCAUAUCAGCGAAAUCCUCAGCCAAACCAGAGAGGAAGAAUCGAAUGAACAGAUUGCACUUUUCUUUAAUCUAUUAAUUUUCAUGUUCCAAAAUUAAGAACUGCUUCUCUAAUAAACUGGCAGUGUUGAUUGUAAAUAACAGAAACCAUAUCAAUAAGCACAGAUUCUUAUUAGAAAUCAUGUAAGUUGUGUAUAAAUACAAUUAUAUAUAUCGCAAAACUUUUUGUUAAUCGCCAUCUUCAACCCUUGCAGAAAAGUCAAUUAUCCCCAAAAUACCUUUCUAUGACUGCAACAGUUGUAUAUUUUAAUUGUUACACUCUGCAUCUGUAAAUAUAGAAAUCUGUGUACAUAUUAUUAAUAUAUUUGGUGUAUGUAACGUGUAAAUGACACUGGCUUCUUGUAUUGUCCUAUGACAGCAUUUGCCACUGAGAUUUCACUAUACCUGAGCUAUUCGGUGAGCACUUUCAAAUCAUUACAGUUCAUACAGUUCAAAUCAUUCAGAUCAAACAUCUGAGCUGAUCGUCCCUCAGCACAGGAAGUGAUGCGCAUCCCUGCUGUGCUCUUUAAAAAAUGUAACCACUAAACAAAAGGAGCCAAAAAGGACAUAUUUUUUCCAUUCCAAAUUAUUUAUUUUUCUAAAGCACAAGGCUACUCUACAUGUUGAAAAAUCCAGCUGAACGAAGAAAUGUAAAUAUAAUCAAACCCAAGUAUUUCACAUAUAUUGCCUCUGAUUUUUAAUGUUCUCUAAAAAUGAUCAGCUAUGUGGAAUUACAGCUCGUCUGUAAAUAAUCAUACGUUGUGUUCACAGUGUAGCAACCAAAUGUUGUCUUUAGUAUUAUAGUUUAUGCUUCAUUUGUCUAUUUAUUUAAUGUUUUGUACACAUUUUCCUGAACGAUUCAUUUCGAGGUUGUCCUUCAUCACCAGCGAAUGAUUUCAAAAAUCACCUCCCUUUAAUUUUGUGGAGUUUUGUCUCUUUGAAGGUUAUGUGACACCGAGUCUCCUUAAUAGGCUACUCUCUGCGAUACUGUACAAGGUUAAUGAACGGUGGCUCACAGAUGAAACGAUUAACGUAUAUCUUAAUAUCUGUGCAAAGUACGUUUUUGCAUGUUACUGAUUUUACUAGCAUUGGCAUAUGGUUUCUGCAGCAGCGAGACACCUGUAAUGAUUUGCUAUUGCCAGGCUGGAAAUUAAAAAAAGAAUGUAAUAACCAAAAACAAGUAUUCUAUACUGUAUAUUGAUUCAUAAUAUAUGCGAAUUGCAAGUUGACAAUUAGUUGCUUCCGUUGCGAUAAAGGCCCGUUCACAAUAAGAAUGAUAACUGUAAUUGUAACUUUAACAAUAAAAUCACUCUCGCUGACAAAGUUGCUGUCAAUUUUAGUUUUCGCGAGCAAAAUUCAGUGGUUUUAAUUUAGAAUCCACAAGAUCAGGAAUUUUUCAUUAAAGCAAAAGAAUUCCAAACACAUUUCAUGAAUUCACGUUGGUCACUCGAAUUCGGCGCAUUGAGCCACUGUCUAUUGUCAAGUUUCACAAAGCACAAUAGACUUUUUCCUCGCAAAAUUUCGCUAAUGUCACAGCAGUCACACCACAGCAAUAGUUUGGGAAUUUAGAAUCAUUUUAGAAUAAACAAUGUUACCGUCCAUCGGUGCAAGCGCUAAUAAUAGUUUUUUUCAUAUUGUGAACGGACCUUAACUCCGUCCAACGCAUGCUCUAGUGCUUGGACAGAUGAUUUAAUAAAUGUGCUUCAUCUGUUUAAAAAACAACGAAGAUCUUGUAUAACAUGAAUCAACCGUAUGUUCAUUUUACUGGUCAAUUAUUGCAGUUUGAAAUAAACCUAAA